UUAUUUUCUGGGGGGUCGGAGGGAGCGUUGAGGAGGGGGCACUUGGGUGCAUGUCUAUGAAGAUUCUCAGUUGUCUAACGGAACUCUUCAACCGUGGCACUUAUGAGGUAAUGGGAGGGGCAAAUAAAGUCUAGGUGUGGCGAUGGUAGCCCGGGACAGUCCACUGUGUGUCAUUCAGGCUGCAGUGAUAAAACACCGACCGCUGAGACGAGCCACACAUCAGGACAAUGGAGGACUUCAAACUGUCGGACGCCCUCCCCAGCACAAGUGGAUGGAACGAUGAUGACAUGGGAUGUGACUCCCAUGGCUCUAACAUGGAGAUGGUUCCUCAUGUCACCAAACUUGAUGAAGAGCUUAAGCUGGUGGUUUACCAAAACCCACCCACACUGAGGGGUGUUGCAACAUUGCUGCUGGUGACUAACAAACUGAGGAAGUGUCUGACAGACCAAAGCAAGCAGCUCACAGAGAGUGACCUCUGCAGGAUGAUUGUGGACUGUGUCAUUCAAAAAGAUGUUGCUCAGAGGGUGGAGAGUUGCUGCAAAGACCAGAAAACAAGACCCUUCAACCGUUGCGGGAGUUGGGAAUGUAACCUGACUGACAAUGAAAGGAAGGACAUCAUCUGCACAACCAUCAGUUCUAACCUGAAGCUCCAUGCUGUCACUCUGAAGGGGGGAAACAGUAAUCACAAAGUGACAUUUAAACUGGUGUCGUAUGCCUCUAGUGGUUUUGGCAGGACUGUUGUUCUGUCAGUCAGCAAACACAAACUCUUCAUUUCCUGCUCCAUGAAUGGUGACAGACCUGAGCUUUAUCUGGAGAAAUGUGAAUCUAGUGAUUUGAAUGUCAUCAGCGAGGAAACAAACAUGGACCGUUUCCUAUUCUACCUCGAGGAGACGGGGAUAGAUGUGAACAGGUUUGAGUCUGUGAAGUUUCCUGGCUGGUUCAUUAGCACUUCCUACGAGAGGGAGGACCAGCCUCUGGAACUGUGUCAAGUAGACACUGCCCAAAGGGUCACCGCCUUCAAAAUGAAAUAACAAAACUUAAAAAGCUGUAACCCGCACGAGGAUACGUUUAAAAACAUUUUAUUUAACCACUAGAUGGCGCUAUUUCCUCUUAAUAAUAACUGUGACGAUGAGAUGAUUAGUUGGAAACUAAACCACUGAACAGCUCAAUUUUAGUUUAUUGUAGUUACAGUCAAACUGCCGUGUGAAUGUAUCUUCUUUGCUGGAGAGUAUUGUUACCAGAUAUUCCGUUAGGACUAGAUGUUUGAUUAACACAUUUAAAAAAACAUUUUUUUAUUGUAAAUCAACAUUUCAAGUAAAUCAUUAUAUGAUAAAUCAGCUGAAUUAGUUCAGUUCUCUCGCAUUUUUUAUUAGAGUUCUACUUCCUCAUUUACAAAAAUGAAUAAAAAAAUGUGACCUUUUCUGUUUCUAUCUAUGUAACAUUAGGUGUCAUACUGUGAAAACUAGUCUGUAAUUUCCUAUGAAAUAGAAACUUUCUCAGGAAACCACUGAAUUCUGUGUAGAAACAUCUUGUGGAGCAUAAAUAUUGCAAAAUACAAAUCACUGCAUAAACCGGACAUCCCUCACACACACACACACACACACACACCCCAUACAUAAAGACCAUCAGUUACCACCAUGAACUGUACCAGUGAUCUUGCUAUAAGGUCAGGCAAGGCCCUGUUCAAACAGAGUGAUAUUAAAAGGAAAUGGAGAGUUUGUAGACAACAGAACAGAUAAAUACUCCAUGUAAGAAAAUAAACGUCUGUUUACUAAAUAACAGAUGUAGUUUGGUUACAUGUUCAACAACAACAAUUAUUGUUUAAAAGAAACAUUUGUUUUUACAGUGUAGUUGACAGUUACUGGCAAACAGAAAGUGAUUGGUCUCGACUGAUAACACUGGUUCGAUGUCCUCUACUGACAGGUAAAGCCAACAGUGUAGCGGAUUAAUGUUCUAAUAGAAUGAGAGAUAGAGGCGUGAGUUUAAAGGUGACCGUGCUCUAUGUCCCCUUUAAACACCGUCAGCCAAUCACAGCCAACAGAGGGGGCGGUAAAGUCAUUUAAUUGGUGCAGCCUGAACAGGUUUGCUUGGUGACAACUUGAUGACAACCCACCAGUCAGAGAUGCUGAGCUGGGCUCUUCUGUGUACUGAGGAUGCACGACAAUAAGUUUAGAUGACAGGAGGCCACAGAGUGCAUUUGUGCAUGACAUUGCUCUGAACCGUUGACAAUAGAAGUGACUCUGAUCUAAUCUACUCUAAUCUCACAUAAUAUAAUCUAACAUAAUAUAGCAUGUAACAGCCAGUUCUAGAGAGAAGAGACUAGUAGGUAAAAAUGUGUGUGUGUAUCUGUGUGUGUGUGUUCCUUAAUCCUAGUUGAUCCAAUUUAUAUGAAACACAGUUCCGUUCAGUUCAUACCUUUAAACUACGAGAAGUUUAAGAAGAAUUUUUGGCAUACCUGCGCAUUUACCUGCCUGUGUUUGAUGGCUUGACAGAUUUUAUUUGUGUUACAUAAUCUUUAUUUAGUUUUUUUCUUUUUCAAUUAUUCUUUCUUUCUUUCUUUAAAAUACUUAAAUGUGUUAGUUAGACAUGUCAGUUGGUUCAUAGUGAUUAGACAGUAAUAAAAUGUGUAGCACGUCCAGCAACAAUACAACACAAUAAUUCUGAUCCCUGGGUGGAAAUGAAAAAGCAUAAAUAAAUAAAAAUAAAACCUCACAUGGUAAGGCUAUCGUAUGGUGUAAAAAAUAAAUGCUGAAAACCUUUAAUGAACAAUCAUCCUGCGUAUGUGUGUAAGUGUGUGUGUGUGUGUGUGUGUGUAUAUACCCAUCAUACACAUUGUUACUGCAUGGCAACAGUAGCUAAAUAUAGCAUCCGCAGCCAAGCUUCACAGCAGGAUCAUGCUUCCUCUGUAGUAUAGGAUAAUCCAGUGCCUUUUUCUGAGUCCUGUUCGCACCAACACAGGUUCAUCUUCUCACCUUCCACUCUCCCGUUCCUACUUUUUCUUCUAUUUCAUCACCUUAACUAAAAGACAUUUUUCUUGAUCUUGAACAAUAACAGGUCUUUUUUCGACACCUUGUUUGUUUGUUUAUAUGCAGUGGAGCCCACUGUGAGGCAACUUGAAACAUAAAUACAGACAUAAAUCUUUUUUUGACACCUUGUUUGAAUGCAUCUAAAUAGAUCUAUGUAUUUUUUGAUAAAAAAUACAGUAUAAUGUAAUCAUUACAUUAUAGGCAGUUGUCACAAUCUCUUUGCGCUGUAUCAUCACAACAUUCCUUACAAUUUGUCCAUAUUCAGGGCAAAACUUUAAUCUUGUCUAGUAUUCACGGAUUUCAAGUAAACACAACAUGAAUUAUAAAAUAGAAAUGUUGUUAUGAAUUCCAUCAAACACGAUUCGUACAUAAAAUAUGUCAUAUUUAUAAUUAUUUUUUUAUUAUUUUUUAUUAAAAUCAAUUUGUGUCGUCUGAGUCUCAGGCCGCAUCAGUUUUGUCUUCUUCAGUAUUUUGGGAUCAUUUGUCCAUAUUGUGUUGUGCAGUUUUAUUGUGGGAGUUGUAGUUUAUGGUAUGUAGGUUCAAAAGACAAUUCUAUGCCUUUCAAAUUGUCUGGGGCCACUUAAACUGCCCUGACGAGCUGGAUUCUGCACGUGUGCCUGAUGUUUGUUCUCUAAGAGAAACGUCGUUUGCCUUUUCUCUGACUACUCUUGUUGUUUAAUUAAAUAAAGGGCGUUGAUUUAUUUUUAUUGAUCAACAAUAAGGCUACCUCAUAUUAUGUUGGUUAAGUACAUAAUACUGUAUUUGGCUAAGGCUGGCAGUAGGUCAGGACUUGUAGGCCUAAUCACAGAGUCAGGAAUCAGACCUGCAACCAUCAGGUUACAGAAGAUCUAAAUCAGGCCUAGCCAAACUUUCUGACUCAUGGGCCACAAUGGGUCCUAAAAUUUGAUGGGGGCCGGGUCAAGAGCAGAUAGAUGAAGUGUUUGUAUGAACUAAAUCAAAUAUGUAAAAUCCAUAAAAAUGCCUUUUCUAUGCCAUCUAUUGGAGAAAUGUGGGCAUAGCAAGGAAAAGGCAGAAUAAUAUAAUGAUAAUGGAAAUUAAUAACAUAAUUUGGACAAGUUUGGCUAGGCCUGGAUUAGAUCUUCUGUAACCUGAUGGUUGCAGGUUUGAGUCCUGUUUGGCGGGCCGGAUUGAAAAGCCAAACGGGCCGCAUCUGGCCCCCAGGCCGUAGUUUGCCCAUGCCAGAUCUUAUCCAUAGAAGUCAUUAUUAUAUACAAGAUUAAUUAUAAGUAAAGACUUCAAAUACAGCAGUCACAAAAAGGGCCAGAUUGUUAAUGAAGCAGUAGAAAUAUUUUUACUAAAUGGAACACUUCCUGACUCACGGUAUUUCUACAGGGGCCUUUUGUGUAUCGUACGUGUGUGCAGGUUUUGACACAAUCGAGCUGUUGUGUGUGACCGUGUGUCCCCAGGCAAUGAUCUCCUAAUGACACAGCUGACUCCUGGAGCAAGAAUGUCAAGUCUGUCGGGGCCUCCCACAUUAAAAUAGCCAACGUGCCCCGUCAGCAGGCCCUUACAGUGGCCACAUGGUGGCCCAACAGCUGCCAAACUUAGACCACUUUAGUGGAGGCACUGAGGAAGAAGACGUUCUACAUUAAAUCAGUUUCAGCAACAGGAGAAUCAAUCAGCCAGAGCAGCAUGUGACGAGAGAAUCAAAUUACUCCCCAGUCUCUUCUCAUCACAUUAGUGUCCAAAGACAGGUUUAAUUGUUUCAGCGCAAUAUGCUCCUCUCGUCAGUGUAACCGGGGUUGAUGUUGUUACAGACAGCAGACCAUCCACCACCAACACACCGUGUCUUCAGGCCUUUGUCACUGCUGAGGAAUUGAGCAUGCUCUUUCCAGGGGAAGCCAUUUCCUUCAGCGUUGUGAUUAACUGUAGGGACAGCUGCUGGGUCUACGUGUGUGAGUGUGGCUGACAUUCGAACAGCUGUAAAGCAAAAGCUCUGACCAUUUGAAACACGUGUUAAGUCGAGUUAAUUUCAUUUGAAUUACGCAAAUUAACAAAACACAUUGAUCUGCUUGGACAUGUUUUGGAGUUUCCACUCAAAAGUAGCCCACUCAACCCUUAACCCCAUAAAUAAAAAAAAUCUGUAACUGCACUAACUGGUAAGGAAAUAUCAUUUUUAUUUGUUUUUAAUAUUUUUCUAUUUUUUUUUUUUUAACUUUUUAUCUUGUCUUCCUUCAUCCGUCCUCCAGUGUUUCCUUGUUGCAAAUUGAGGAGGUGAGAUAAUUCUACCUUCCCUCAACUUUCCUUGUGUCCCCACUUAUGUCUAAAUACAUGUAACCGUGUAUGUGUAUGUGUGUGUGAGUAGGCUUAAAUACUUUUGGGAAGUAUGUGUGUGAUUGUGGUGAGGCUGUUGCUGGUUUUAUUAUGUUAUGCACGUUGAACUGCUGUCUGUAAAAUUGCUAUAUUUAUUGACUUAUUGAUUAAUAUAAAAAAUAGAGCAGAAAAGGAGAUGUGGAGGAAUAGAGGGACAGAGACCAGAUUCAUAACACAACACUGAAAGUGCAGUCAGACAAGUGGUUAAAGUGAAGUAUUAGCAAACUUUAGCCCUGGGUUGACUUGUAGAGAAAAAAAAGAGAACAAUAAUGUUUUUAUAGAAUGAAGGAAAGAGAGUGCUCAGUGCACCACGGGAGUUGCAGCAGUCUUAGCGUAGAGCAGCGUAUGGUAAUUCAGAUACUGUAUAUACAAUAAGUCUAACUUUAAAGCUUCUGCCUCCCAUUCUACUGGGUCUGCGUUGUAGGAGCAGGGUGAUCUGUUAGGUUUGUAGGGUGCUAGGAUGAUGGUGACAUCAUCAUCAUCAUCAUCAUCAAUGAGAACUCUCAUAACUUGCCAUGUUGACCGUUUUUGAACUCAGUCAAAUAUUUUUAGUUGCUAAAAGUGACGAUUAUAUUCAAUGGCGUUGGCUUCAAAAUGAUCUCCAGAUGUAGAUGGAGCUACAGCUACCUCUAAAUCCACUAUGUGGUGACUUUCUGGAUUAUUUUCAAAUAUAGAUCCAGACCCAUAGUUAAUAGCUUGCUUUAGAAGUCUGCUGUGUCCCAUUUGAUGAUGACAAUAAAGAUCUUUUUGAAAACCCAUGAAUAAAGGAAGUAGGCAUUUUACAAAGGGUAUGCUAUCAGCUAGUUGAAGUGUUCUGAUGCUGUACUGUAUUUUAGACUUGCACAUAAAACACAAACAUUUAGUUUACAUCCCCCCCUCUGUUUGUGUGGGUUUCCCCCCUACAGUCCAAACACAUUAAAGAUAAGAUUAAAAUAUCCUAUAAAUGUCUUUAAAUAUAAAUGUUAAUGUGAAUUCCAGUAAAACUAAAUAUAAUCUCCUGUGAUGGACUGGCCAACAAGAUUUUACCCAAUUACUGCUAGAGUUGUGUAUAGCUGUGCCCCGGCCAUGAAAAGGCGCAAGCAGUAGAAGAUAAAUGAAUCAAGUACGAAUCUUAACAUAUAUGCCAUCUAUUGGCCAUGAACCAAAGGUUCACCUCAUUUUCCACUCUGAUGUAAUGGUCUGUAAGUUAUAGGAAAAUAAUACAGGUGUAACACUGGCACAAAUAUUACUGGUUUAGUCAAUGGGCUCAAAUGGUGAGAUCAGAGUCAGACCCAGCACUAUCCUCAUCAAACAUUACAUAGAAGCAGAGUCUUUGAUCCUUACACCAGUAUUAUAACCCUGAAACCAGCAACCAAACAUUUCAUGUGUUUGACUAUGAUGAUUUCUUCAUCACGUCUAUGUAGAAACCUACCUGCAAGGUUCAAUGAUUCCCUUUUUAUAUAUGUAUAUAUUGGGCAUAUACUUAUACUUAUUGGGCACCCCUGUUAAAGUGUUUUCUUUUCAUUGGUCUUAUAUGCAGUGGAGCCCACUGUGAGGCAACUUGAAACAUAAAUACAGACAUAAAUCAGUUAUUUCAAUUUAAGGUCUUUUAAUAAAGGAAGUGUUACAUACUUUCACUCUUGGGAAAACAAAAUGAAAAAUAAUCUGAAGAUGUGAGUCGCAUCUUUGUUUUAUGAAAUUAAUCUUUUUUCUUUUAUGACUUAACUCUUAAAAUU